CAACAAGCCGGCCUUCCGCGCAAAUGAUCAUUGAAUCGGAAAUGUGGGAAUGGCUAUGGGGCUGGCUCGAUGGUCAAGAUGAUGCAGAGUGGGAGUGCGUGGUUUGAGGACUACGGGCUUUGAUUGCUAUUCAGAGUCGCGUAUAAAGACUCUCAAGGCAGCGAGAUGUCAUUUACUCACAAGAUAAACUCCUCUUCCCAGAAGUCUAGAUGAGCUACUAUAACCCUAUCUCUCAGUGCAACAACUGUCGUCUCACAAAUUUAAGCAAUGCGACGGUGCCAUGCCGAUCUGCACGCCAUGCCAGAUUCAACCGUCGCAAACUGCUCCCUGUGGAUAUACUGCGACCGAUCCUGCUCCAGCGAUGUACCCGCGGCCUGGAUACACGAGUUCUGAUGCCUAUUCGUCGGAUAGCUCAGGGAGUCUCAGUCCGGAAAGUUCGCGGCUUCGCUCGGUGUCCAAUUCCCCGUCUCCAGGAUCCUCCCAGUCAGAGUUAACCUAUUUCUGAGACUACUCUUUGGUCUAACAAUCUGAGCAGUGGAUCAGACCUUGAUGUUUUCAUCACACGCUUCAAUCAAUCACCGAUAUUCUAUCUGGGCAUUGCAAACUUACGAACUCUGUUCCAGGGACAGAUCUCAACCAGUCUCCGGAGCGCCGUAUAUCUAUGGAAUGCUCACCUGACCGCACAGUUCCACGAUCCCAUGCCUACCAUACAAUCGCUUGCCCAAAUCACAGCCCUGGCCCCGCAGAUGUCCGACAACGAAUUUUUGCAAACGCUCCAGGCUCAGGUCUUGAUCUCUUAUUACUGCCUGGACAUCGGGCUCAAAGACGAGGGCCCGCAGAUGAUUCAAUCUGCGUGGGCUCUGGCGUCGUGGGCCGGGUUACACAUCGGAGGCAACCCAAGCGAGCACCGCGCGACUGCUUUCUGGGCUUUGCUUCUGACGCAUAACAUGUGGGUUGCGGCAUCCGGCAGGACUCUCCAGUUUCCGUUCAAUCUGAGAGAGGUCUCUGUUUCUUGGCCGACGAACGGGCGAGAAAGAGGUACCGCGCGGUACCCCAUCUCGGAGUUUAUGGACGGACUCGACCACCCGGAAGCCUUUUCUCCGUUCGCGCUUCUCAUCAAGGCCUCUAUACUGCUUGAACGCGUCAUCACAUUCUGCAUGGGCGUAACCGAGCCAGCGCAGUUCCUCAUCGUGCAGUCGCGCCUGCGGACAUUCCAAGCUCAGCUGCCGGCGCUGGAGUCCAAAUCGACCCUGGCCUCGCCGGGCUUCCAUACCCUCCUCGUCGCGCGAUGUUUCAUCAACGUGGCCUACAUUCGGCUCUGCGCGCUAGGAAGCGGGGGAGGAUUAGCGCAGACGAGCUCACAGGCCAAUAUGGCACUUGCUCGAAGUGCUGCCAAUCGCGUUGUUUCGGAUCUCAAGAAAGCGGGAAACCUGCAGUGGAAAUAUGUGGAGCCGGUUCUCGGACCUCUCAUGUCGACGACAUGUUUUUGCUACUCGUCUGCACUGUGUCACGCUCAAGAGGCGAUCACCAACAAACAAGUUAUAGUAGAGCUUUUGGCUAAGUUUAGCCGAUAUUCAGAAACAAUCCGGCAAUGCUAUGCGGUGGUCCAGCGCUCUUAAAUUGCAACGUCUCAUUAUUUAUUUGCAUACAGAUAGAUCUUUUACUACGUAUCAGACAGAACUUUUUCUACUUAUCCAUCAAUAUUUAAUCUAAU